GGAUGUGUUAGUUUUCGAAGACUUAAAGAGGAGUCGUUAUCAUGAAAACGGAUAAACCCAUAAUCGCCGAAGACGGCGACUGUGGCGAGAGCAAGCGGGUAAGAGUGGCUGAUCCGGGAUUUACCGUCGGUGGUGAGGACAGACCUGUAAAAUGUCCAAAAAUUGAAGACAACGGAGAUGUUGGGACAUCAGAAGGAACACAACUCUUUGUCGAUGAACUAAUGGCUGACGUGGCAAUUAACGAUAAAGACAGAAAAACAAACGCCGGCCAUGGAGUAGUCUCAGUUAUGGGACGGCAGAGAGCUAUGACAACCGCCGUUUCCACCGUCGUUGAGGAGAUUCCGUCUUAUGACAUUUUCGGAAUCUUCGACGGUCUUAGGGUCGCUAAAUUCUUCGAGGACAGGCUUCGUCGGCUCGUGAAGGAUGAGGUAAAAGCAUGCCACAGCCGCGGGGUGGCGGCUGACUGGAAUAAAGUUAUGAAAUCGUGUUUUUCGGAGGCCGUGGGGACAGUGGGGGCCACCACUGCGACAAAAGCGGUGGUAACAAUAGUCGGAAAAGAGGAGGUGGUUGUGUUGUGCCGUGGCGGCGCAAGAGUGGUUUUAUACUCUCACGGCGGAGUUGCUUUACCUCUCUGCCAUAUCCAUCAUCACAAGGAUGGUGUAGAGCAAAUCCUAAAGAUCCAUAAACGAAAAAAGAUAGACGACUUCAUAGUAUUUGCAUGCGAUGGUCUAUGGGAAGUUGUCUCCGACGGUGACACAUAUCAGCUUGUCAAAUGUUGUCUUUACGGCAAAUUACCAGACGGAUGUAUCAGUGAAUCAAGGACGACAAAGGCUGCAGUGAUACUGGCAGAGCUUGCUAUUGCAAGAGGAAGCAAAGAAAAUAUAAACGUCAUUGUUAUUGAUCUCAGAAGCUCUACCGUUUCUUAGUUUUUUUCUUUCUUUUAUUUGCGAUUCUUAAUUAG